AUGGUCGGUUACAUUGAAAAGCAACAGAGAAACAAUAAUGGAGACGAAAAUAUAACGAGGAAUUCUCCAAGGUUUCUUGAUGUGGAAGGACUAGAAGUAAAUUCAGCAAAGUCAGCCACUAAUACCGAGGUAUGUGCUGAUAAAGCGGCGCUAUUGGAAGGAACUCAAGGAUACAAAUACCUUGGAAUAGUGGAAGAGAGGACUAGUGCACCUGCCCGUGAACGCUGCGAGGAAGUCCGUGCAGAGAUUUUAAUAAGAAUUGAGCGGUUAGCCAGAACAGCACUAAAUUGCUAG